AUGGAUAGUAAUAUCGUGCCGGAUAUCGAUCACCUAAUAAACGGCCAGGACGAUCACACAUUCCCCGCUGAAUCGAUGGAUUCGCCACCUUACUCAGACAAGGCAACAACGACAUCCUCAAAAGACCUCUUGCCUCGUCUCCACCUUAUCGACGACGAAAAGCGCUUCAGCGACAAGUGGCAUCUCAAAGACGUAGGGUUCAAUUACAACCUGGCGGCCAUCUUUGGAAGUCAGAGUACCGGCAAGAGCACACUUCUGAAUCGGUUAUUUGGGACUAACUUUGACGUGAUGAACGAGACGGCAAGGAUGCAGACGACCAAGGGUAUCUGGAUCAGUCAAGGCAAGGACAUGAAAGCCCUGAUCAUGGAUGUCGAAGGCACUGACGGCCGUGAGCGGGGCGAAGAUCAGGACUUUGAGAGGAAAAGUGCGUUGUUCUCUGUGGCGACGUCGGAGGUGCUGAUUGUCAACAUGUGGGAGCAUCAGGUCGGACUGUACAAUGGAGCAAACAUGGGUCUCCUGAAGACUGUUUUUGAAGUCAACCUGCAGCUCUUUGGAGGAAACCGUGGGGAAAAAACGCUGCUGCUAUUUGUGAUCCGUGAUCAUGUUGGGUCGACACCUCUUGCCAACCUGUCCAACACACUCAUGGCUGACCUUGACCGGAUCUGGCAGGGACUCUCAAAGCCGGAAGGUUUAGAGGGCUGCAAGAUCUCGGACUACUUUGACUUCAUGUUCACGACCCUGCCUCACAAGCUGCUUCAACCUGAGCAAUUCGAGCUUGAAACCCAAAAACUCCGUAACCGAUUCGUAGACUCAAAGGAUCCAAACUAUGUGUUCCAACCACAGUACUCAAAGCGGGUCCCCGCAGAUGGAUUGCAUGUCUAUACGGGAGCGAUCUGGGAAAAGAUUAUGACCAAUAAGGAUCUGGACCUACCGACCCAACAGGAGUUGCUGGCUCAGUUCCGAUGCGAGGAAAUUGCCAACGCGGCGUUUUUGAUCUUUAAAGAUCAGAUCAAGGAGUUCCGUCACCCCAUUGAGGCUGGCCAAUUGGUCGAGGAUCUUGGACCCAAGAUGGAGGAGGCCCGCGACGUUGCCACCAAAUCGUUUGAUAAGGAUGCGUCGCGGUACUUGCCGGUAGUGUAUCAGCGGAAACGGACAGAGAUGCUGACAAAGGCCAACUCGAUGCUGGAAUCAUAUUUCGUGGGACAACUCAAGAACUUGCACAAGACGGCAGUCUCCAACUUUACGACUCAGCUCCAACAGGCGCUCAAAGUCGAGGGUACCGAGUUUGGUAAAGCUGCAGCCAAGACUAGGCAGGAAGCUGUGGAUUUUUUCCUCAAGGGUGCCAAGGCGAUCAAACUGACUGAGACCGACUGGGAGUACGAGGAGGAACUCUACCAGUUAGAACAUGAUCUGGAAGAGUUGACGACUGUUCAGCGGGAGAAGGAGUUGGUCAAGAUGUUGACUGGGUUGGAGAAGCUGAUCAAGCAGGAGUUGGAUGAGCCUGUCAAGCUGGCGUUGGAUCAACCUAGACCGGGGAUGUGGGGGCGGAUCAUGGCGAUCUAUAGGAGGACUAGUGAGGAUGCGGAGGUGUUGUUGUUGAAGAAAGCCAAGACGUUCGAACUUAAGGAGGAAGAGGAGGAACAGUUGGCGGUGAACUUGAAGAGGCAGAGUUGGGUGCUGUUGACGAUGAAGGUUCAGGAAGAGUCUGUCGAUGGUUUGAUCCUGUACAAGCUGUCGAAUCGGUUUGAGGAGAUGUUCCAAAGGGAUAGUCAUGGCCUUCCGCGUGUCUGGAGUCCUACCGAUGACAUUGACACACCCUUCCGCAAAGCCCGCGAGGAGACGAUAGAGUUGAUCCGAUUGUACGCAAAGAUCGACACACUAGACCCUGUCACAGACACCCACCUUACCCUUGAAUCUUCCGAUGAUUUCGAUUUCGAUCAAUCGCUCCAAGUCCUCUCAGAGACACGGCAACAGGAACUGACGACACUAUUCAAACGAAAAGCGGACGCCUCCUACGUUGAAGCCAAACGAUCCAUCGUCGCCACGCAGGCCAAGAUCCCUUACUGGGUCGGCGUCGCUUUGAUUGUUCUGGGUUGGAACGAAUUUGUGACACUGAUUACGAACCCGUUAUAUCUGUCCAUGACCUUGAUGUUGGGUCUGCCGUUGGGCGCGCUGUGGUAUUUGGGUAUGUUGGAUCUGGUACGGAGUAUGGGAUGGAGGGCGUAUGAGCAGGUUUUGGUUCUGGGGCGUGAGAAGUUGAGGGAUGUUGUUCAUCCGCCUGAACCAGUGCCUGUCCUUGUACCUGCUGUUCAGCACAGUAGGAGGAGUGAGGAGUUUGAGGAACGGCAGCAGAAGAGGACGUCGUUGCAUCAUCACCAGUCUGCUCGGUCGUUGAAUCAACGGACUGAAGAUAAUGAGGGUACAGGGAUUGAACUCGAUGCCUUUGAAAGUAGGAAGACUUUGUAG